AUGAUGAACAAUUAUUGCUUCGUCAGUAGCUUCUACUAUCCGAUCGAAUCGUCACCGACACCAGUGCAAGUAGAUGGCCCGAUCUCGCAGCCAGUUUCUCCUGCACAGAAGGCCGUACCAAUGAACAUUCGACAGGUUGUACAUCGAGUUCAGCAAAUCGAAUUGUCAAAGCCACAACAAGUGGAACAAGCCUCUCCUGUCGCGAAUUACUACAUUGCGCCUGAACCCGAAACUCCUGUUGAAAAACGUGAGUUACUAGUGAGCAAACAGAAAGAAACAGUUAAAGCGGCGGAGUUAAAUCUAGUUAGGAACAUUAUACCCGAAUAA